UUCUGAAUCAAGGAAAUGGACAAGUAUCAGUCAUGGCAGACAACUGAGUACAAUAAUAAAAAGGUUUCGAAUGAAACAGAAGCAGAGAACCUUCAAGAAAAAUCUCCUUUGGGGAACACAAAAGAUAACCAGUGUUUUGGUGAUGUUUCCUUUGAUUCCACGAACACAGUUGUUAACAAGGGAAAAAUCACAGAGCAAACCUCACAGUUAACAGCAGAAAUGUUUUCCCUUGAGGAUGUGCAACAUUUACAGAAGCUAAACAGAGAUCUCCGAGCACAAAAUAUAAAAAAAACCAUGGAUUACAUUAAGCUUGAGCAAGAAUACCACUUCAUGAAAGAUGAGAUCAUGAAAGUUAAACGCGAAGACCGAAUGCGGCGACAAGAAACCCGUUCUCUUCUCAAAAUUGCUUUGGAGGAAAUAUCUUCACAGCAAAAAUGCCCAGCUCGGUAUUCUGACGCACAAGCAGAUCAUUUGGCUGAUCAGAAAUGUUGUCAGCAUAGUCUUGCUGGUCUAGCUGAGAGAAAUAGGAUUUUAAAAGAAUUAAGCGAGCUAACGAGAAAGUAUGAUGAUUUGCAACGCAUGGAAGUUCAAGGACGUCGUCGACUGGCACUCUAUGAGGAAAAAUAUCAGUACUUUGAAAACGUGAUCCACAACAGUUUUGUUUAUUUGGAGAAUUUAAGAACAAAACUGAACGCCUCUAUCGGAAAAACCAACUGUUUGCAGUCGGAGAUUGCAGUUUGGAAGAAUAGAUGUCGGGAAUACGAGAGAGCACCAAAUAAGGUGUAUGGGAAUCAUAAACUACCAGCUUCUGCUGAUUCUUCACCGUCAAGAUCAAGCACUACUGCAAAUGUCUUCCACCAUCAACGCCAUUAAAACUAUCCACUGCUUCAACAAAGUUCAGCUUUAAUUGAAAUUCUGUUUGUAAAUGGCCGAAGAGGCAAGUUUUGCCUGAUCGACGGCAUUACGUCCACUAGUACUUUUGACGCAUUUCCGGUGAAAUUCCAUUUUGUACAUGGAGGCAGAUUUUUACAGUUUACAAAAAUUCGUCAGUUGCCAUAAACUGCAUGCUAGUUUACGCAGGCGUGAAACGCUGAGUUCGUUUGUUUUUAAUUCAGCAAGUAAUUCACGUAAGCGUUUGUAUUACGCCAUCUUUUUUAUUCUGUCCGUGACCGUAAUAAAAUUUAAA